GGCCAGCUUGGGCAGCUGCACUGUGGACAUACAGCAGGCAAGCGCAGCCUUGGUAGCACUACGCUGUCGCAGCGAUCGCACCGGUCGUGCGCACGCGCGGGGCAGCUCUCCUGCAGAUUGACGAACGCGCAUCUGCGCAACUACUGGGCACCAGUGCCAUAUUCGCCGCACAUCUCACAGCCGCGUAGCUGAUCGAUGGCCAGCAAGGUGACACCCGUCGAGGAAGACCCGCCGCCGCAGUGGACUACGUUCGACGGCAUCGAUUGGUCCAAGCGCCCGGAGCCGGAGACGGACACGCACGUGCAAGUCGUGCUCCAGUUCAAGACUUGGGAGAUCACAAAAUUGGAGGGCAAGGAGAACCUGACCUGGAGUGGUGUGUUGGAGCUCUACUGGACCGACGCACGGCUCGACGGCUGCCCUAGGUCGCACAGUCUCCCCGAGAACAUCUGGCGUCCUCGCAUGACCGGUUCGGUGGGUUUCUCGCUCGGCGAGGCGGAGAAGGGCACGAAAUUACCUACAUUCAACGAUUCAAGGAAGGAAAAAACACCGGACGGCGGCCGCAUCUCGAACGGUAAAUUGCAGCUCAAAGCGACCUUCGAACUGGGCAACGGUGGCUUAAAUCUGAGCAACCACCUCAAACGCUUCCGAGCUUUUCCUUACGAUAGCACCAGAGUGGAUGUGAUGGUCCAGUUCUACACGGGCCACGACGAAGAACCGGGCUCCACUGGUCUAGAUUUGCAGUUUAAUCGCCCGAACGUCAAGACCCGGCUCAAAGACGGGGCGUGUCAGCACAUUGACUGGUUGGCGACGCGCCACUGCGACGACUUUGCGCUGAAAGCUGUCGGCUACGCUCUGGGAAGUAAUCACGUGAACGUCUGGGGCAACCCCGCGGGCUCGAGACCUUGUUUGAUGUUGUCGCUACACAUCGCGCGGACACCUGCGUUCUACGAGCAAAAAGGUAUCCUUCCCUUGUACGCCGUCCUCGUCUUCGGGCUGCUGUGCUACUACGCCCUGGAGCCGACCGAUUUACCCAGUCGCAUCUCGAUCAUGGCGGCGCUCUUCCUGACGGUCUUCGCGAUUCAGUGGAUAGCUAUUGAAAGAUUGCCGCGGCUGCCGUUCUCGACUAUUUUAGACACGGUCGCGCAGUGCGCCAUCGGGGGGUUGAUGAUGAUGCUGGUGGGCGCCUGUGUCGAAAUCAAGCAGUGGGUCGCGCCAUCGUCGCGUCGAUCGCGCUCUUAUUUCUAAUUGGAUUUCCCGUAGGUCGGCGCCUGUGCCUCGUACAAAUUUGCGGCGCCAUCCAAUGGGUUUUGUGCGCCGGGCGAUUGCCCAGGGUUCAAGAUGGAGCAGGCGCGGAGGGUCGAUAGGUUGACGCUGAUCGUGGUCCUGGUUUACGUCGUGGGCUACGCGUUCCUCUACGGAUUGGUGUACCAAUGCGCGAGCGUCUGUGCGGAAAUCAAAGUUUUGCGGUCCACUUCCCACCUCACUGGUUGGUUUCUGCGCAGAUGAGCAUCAACCGGCAAUGCGGCUGCUUUCGGCCAUGGACCCGAGGUAAGAGCAUUGGGAACACGAGAUUCGCUCCCCACGCGGGCACGGCGUGGCGGCUUCUCACGACGGAGAAGUGGGCAGAAUUACACGAGAACAAAUUCAUGGGAGAAGGGACGCCUGUCGACGCGAAAACUUGGUAAGUAUUGUGUGU